GUGAGGUCGUGGGGCACUUUAUUGAUAGACUUUAACGUUAAUUCCGUGCUGUAAUUUCUUACCUUUAUGCCAAUAAACUUACAUCUUUUUGUAUUUGUUAGACGCGCGCCGACACAAAACUCCCACAUGUGCGACACAGCUAUGGCGUCCCCAUAUUGACAAGUUACCUUCAAGUUGUCAAGAUGGUGAAUAGCUCGCGGCACACACCGAGCCUACAACCAUUUACUUAUAGCUGAUUAUUCUUCUAAAUCUGCCCCGAACCCCGGCCGGCACCGGCAAAGGUGCAAAUUGGGCAAUCAUGUUCGAGAAAUCGCUAUACGACCUCAUUCGAGGAAUGAGAAACCACAAAGGCAACGAGAAAGAGUAUAUCCAAAACUGCUUAAAAGAAUGCCGGGCGGAAAUAAGAAGCCAGGACCUUGACCUCAAGGCGACCGCACUGCUAAAAUUGAUAUACUUGGAAAUGUUCGGUCACGACAUGUCAUGGGCUGCCUUCAACGUACUCGAGGUGAUGGCCUCCCCCAGGUACCACCAAAAGCGAGUGGGAUACCUUGGAGCUAUACAAAGCUUCCGACCCGAUACCGAAGUCCUCAUGCUGGCAACGAAUCUCCUCAAGAAGGAUUUGACAUCAGCAGCGACGACCACCAUAGCCCUUCCGAUCAUAACCCUACCACACGUUAUUACUCCGUCGCUUGCCCUAUCUGUUCUGCCCGAUCUCUUACCACGACUUAGCCACACUCACCCUGCGAUUCGCAAAAAGACGAUCGUUACACUAUACAGACUAGCAUUAGUUUAUCCUGAAACACUACGCGCAGCCUGGCCUAAGAUCAAAGAGAGGUUGAUGGACAAGUCUGAGGAUCCAAGUGUAACCGCAGCAGUCAUAAACGUUAUCUGUGAAUUGGGAUGGCGACGACCUCAUGAUUUUCUUCCACUGGCACCCCGGCUCUUUGAAUUAUUGGUUGAUAGCGGUAAUAACUGGAUGGCAAUCAAGUUGAUCAAACUGUUUGCUACUUUGACACCUCUUGAGCCAAGACUCGUCCGAAAGCUACUACCACCUUUGACGGAGAUCAUUCAGACAACACCUGCUAUGUCCCUGCUAUACGAAUGUAUUAGUGGAAUUAUCCAAGGUGGUAUCCUCGGAAGCGGCGAAGACGCAGAUGGAAGAGAGGAAAUCGCAUCUCUUUGCGUCAACAAGCUUCGGGGGAUGAUUAUGAUAGAUGGUGAUCCGAACUUGAAAUAUGUGGCACUGCUCGCUUUCAAUAAGAUCGUCGUGACCCAUCCAUGGCUGGUCGCUCAGCAGGAAGACGUUAUCUUGGAGUGCAUAGACAGUACUGAUAUAUCUAUCCGUAUAAAAGCGUUAGAUCUCGUGCAGGGCAUGGUCAGCAAUGACAAUUUAGUGUCUAUCGUCAGUCGCCUCAUGAGACAACUCAAGCUAUCGUCCUCAGCAGAUCGAAGAGCCGCAAAUCACUCAGGGUCAAGCCCAGGAGAUUCUGAUGAAGAUUUGGAAAGAACAAUCGAUUCCAAUCCAAAGGCGGCAAACCAAGCACCUCCACUCCCCGAUGACUACAAAAUCGAUGUGAUUAACAGGAUACUCAACAUGUGCUCUCAGAAUAACUACGGUUUUCUAACAGAUUUCGAGUGGUAUAUCGAUAUACUUACGCAACUCGUUCGGACUGCCCCAUUACCGAGGCCUAUUAACGAUAUGAACUCCCUUUCUCCAUCUGGGAAGUCGAAUGAAGGGGAUAUAUCUGAGAAAAUAGGCAGCGAGUUGCGAAAUAUUACCGUCAAGGUCCAGGUUCUUCGCCCUGCGUGCGUUCGAGCCGCCGAAAUAAUCAUGACUCAGUUGAACAGUGACGUUCCGGUUGGACAACACGUCGUUUCUGGGUCGUUAAAGCCAGUCGCUUGGAUCAUCGGUGAAUUUUCUUCGGAGUUAUCAUCUCCGGAUGAUGUCCUUUCAACUCUACUACAACUCAUUCCAAAAACGUUAUCUCCCGAGCCACUCGCGGCUUGUAUACAGGCUGCCAUGAAAAUUUUCUCAUUAGUCGCGGGAGACCAAUUAAUUCGUUGGACACGAGAGCGCAAAUCGAAAAUCUCACUUUUGAUGGCUCGUAUCAUCCAUUCUUUCGAGACCCUAAUACUCCAUCCAAACCUCGAAGUCCAAGAACGAGCGGUGGAAUUCACCGAGCUACUGAAACUUACCGCAGAAGCAGCUUCUAGUCAAGAAGCCUCGACAGAAACCACACACCAAGACCCUCCCCUGCUACUUACGCAAGCAAUUCCGUCGCUGUUUACUGGCUGGGAGUUAAAUUCAGUUGCUGUGGCAGCUCAGAAGAACGUCCCAUUCCCAGAAGGACUAGAUCUCGACGAACCUAUUAACCCUAAUCUCAACUCACUCCUCGCGUCCGCUGAGUCGAUAUCCCUUCCAGUGGAAGAAUCUGAUGAGUUUGAGAGUUACUAUUACCAACGGCCGACGGCCACAAGUAUAGCGUCUGAGCCAGCCAUCAAUAAACUAGCGGAUACUCACGAGGAAGUCACCAGUUCUUACCAACAACCUACGGAGGAAACCUAUUUGGAUGCGGAUAUCUUAGCAAAGAGGAAAGCAGAGCGAUUAGAAAGGAAUCGCGACGAUCCGUUUUAUAUUCAAGAAAGCGGGUCUAUCCAGAGAUCAUCAACUCCGAUACAUAAUAUCCUGCAAAAUUCAAAUGGACCCGAUCUAGAUGUUGACUCGAUACCUAUCAUGGAACUCGACCUCGACAAACUCAGCGCCGGCGUUGAUCACUCCCAGCCCCAAACAUCAAAACCUGCCCGAAGAGCGCCAAGGCAAAAGAUCGUCGUUGCAGCGGAUGAGAAUCUAGGUGGCAGUGGGCUUAGCACGCCGGGCAGCUAUAACUCCGAAAAUGGCUCGGACGCACUUGCGAAAGCCCGAGCCAAUAGCCACGCUAUCCAAAGCAAGAAACUCAAGCAAUCACUAUUAGGGGUGGAUUCCACAAGCAUCAGUGCCCUUAGCCUCGAGGGUGAUGAUAAUACAAGUACGACUUUCGACCCUGAGGCUCGUCAACGCGAGGAAGCUGAGAUGGCUCAAGCUGUCCGCGAAGUUGAGCGAUUGCGGUUAGAAAUGCAGCGCGCGAAUGAAAGGAUACAAGUUGCACAGGGCGUAGAUGCAGCAGGCACUGUGGUCAAGAAGAAGAAAGUCAAGAAAGCGGCGAAGGGUCUAGAAGAAGGCAAUGGCGAAGGUGUUAAAAUCAAGAAGAAAAAGAAGAAGCCCGCCACUAUAGAUGAUGGAGGGGCAGAGAAUGGAAACGGUGAAGGGGAAGCCGUGGUGGCUAAGCCAAAACCCAAAACCAAGAAGAAAAAAGCAAGACCCGCGGAGAUUCAGGACGCCGACGCGGGGUGAUGAGGGGUUCGUGAUACCCAUUAUGUGAAUACAGUGAGUUGAGUUGAGUUGAGUUGAAGUAGUACGAGGAAGUCUAGCAUCAUAAUAGCAUUGUUACGAUCUACGGCAUAUUUUGAUUUCUAUUUAGAUUUAUAUCUAGGUACGAAAUUUGAGCGAAAAGGAACGAGAUUAGAUAUUUAUACAUAUCACGAAAUAAGUAAAUACAAAAUAAACCAAGAGUCAAAAUAAUAUAUCUUGAAGAUUUCGAUUCAACUAUGUCAUGUCAACGUACAAACGUAUGCGCAAGCAACCGCGCCUCGCCCAGAAAAAACCAUCAAUCACCAUUUUAUAGCGCGCUACAAAGAGAAGAAAAUAAGCGACAUCGACAAAAACCAACAGAGAAAAAAUAGGCAUCCCCUC